UUUUUAUAAUGAUCGACAAAAUAAUAGUACCCGGAAAAUGCAGCAUUUAAUUUAGUUUCUAUCCUGGGACAAAUGGUUGGGGAAUAAAAACAAGAGACCACAGACUGGAAUAAUUGGAAAUGAACAACCAGGAAACAACAGACAGGACAAUACUUGAAUGUCGAGUUUGUGAUGAUGUGUUCCGUUUCCAAGGAGACAAGGUUCCACGGUUGUUGAUGUGUGGCCAUACUGUUUGUCAUCAGUGUCUGACCAGAUUACAAGUUCAUGGCACUUCUAUCCUGUGUCCAUUUGACAGACAGCCCACAGAAAUUGGUGAUUCUGGAGUAUGGGGAUUGAAGAAAAAUUUUGCAUUGCUUGAACUGCUAGAGAAAUUACAGUUUACAACUCAAAAUGCAUCAAAUAUUAAUCUAUUUGCACAACAAAAUUUAGAUAAGGAAAAGGAGUUGGAUAUUCCAUGUGACGAGAAUGAACUUCACACAGCUGUGUUAUACUGUAUGACUUGUAGUACACACUUAUGUGUAGAGUGUGCAGAACUUACACAUUCCACAAGAACAUUAGCUAGACACAAAAGAGUUCCAUUAUCUGAAAAACCAAAAGAGAAUCCAAAAUGUCCAUAUCAUCCAAUGCAUCUAGUAGAAUUUGCUUGUUUAGAAGAAGAUUGCAAAAAUAAUCCUUUGAUGUGCUAUAUAUGUAAAGAUUAUGGUAGACAUGUUAAACAUAGGCAUUCUCUAUUGGACUCUGAGGCAGAGAAUGUAAGAACAUCUAUAACAAAUGCUGUACAGCAAAUCAAAUCCUUUGGUGAAGAAGUUGCUGAUUCAGCAAGAAAAUUGGGUGCUACUAUACAACAGAUAGAGGGUGGUGUACAAUUAUUACAGAGUCCCGAUGGAGUUUCUUCUACACAAAGGGUUCCAGGUACUGCAGAACAGUCAAGGGCAAAAAUUAAACAGUAUUUUUAUGAUUUACGAGAGACAUUAAACAGACAGGAAGUGGCUGCCCUGACAACUGUUGACACACAUAUUCGUGAGAAACUGUGCAUGCUUCGCCAACAACAAGAAGAUAUGGCAAUCUUGUUGUCUCAAAUAUCUGCUGUGUGCCACCAGUGUGAAAUCACAUUGCAACAAGAUGCAGCUAAGAUUCUGUUAGCAAAACAAGACGUGAAGACUUUAUUGGAGACAAUACAGAAACAACAACAACAGUUUUCGGAUGUUCCAGAACAAUUACCAUUAGAUCCUGCUAUACCAAUCACAUUUACAAAGGAUAACCGUGUUCAUAUUGGUCCAAAAAUAGAGAUGAGGGUUGUAACCCUUGGUUUAGAUCAUGCUGGAAAAACUAGUAUCUUAUUUAAAUUAAAACAAAAUGAAUUUAUACAAACUAUUCCAACUAUAGGUUUUAAUGUAGAAACAAUAGAAUAUAAGAAUUUGAAGUUUACAAUUUGGGAUGUUGGAGGACAACAUAAAAUAAGGCCAUUGUGGAAACAUUAUUACUUCAAUACUCAAGCUGUGAUAUAUGUGAUAGACAGUAAUAAUAAAGACCGACUAGCAGAAGCACAAAAUGAACUUGCCAAAUUAGUACAGGAAAAAGAACUGAGAGAAGCUUCAUUGCUUAUUUUUGUUAAUAAACAGGAUAUACAGCCAUGUGUUUCUAUAGAAGAAGUAACAGAAUCGUUUGGACUGUUUAAGUUAUGUUGUAAUCGUAGUUGGCAUAUACAGGCUUGUGAUGCUAAUAGUGGCAAUGGACUAAAGGAUGGAUUAGAAUGGUUAUCUAGACAGAUGGUUGCUGCAGGGGCACCAGAUUUGGCGUAAAACUGGUUCACUGCUGAGAGUAAUGUGUGAUUAUGACAUUUUGAGGGUUUUUACAUUACUCAUUUGUUUAUUAAGCUUUUAUGAAUAUAUUUCAAUUUAACUUGAGAUCUUGCCUUGCAGUGGAUAUAUAUGUCCUUAACAGGAUUUACAGAAUUGUCAUUAUUUAAAACAAGAAAGACAAAGUCAACCUUUAAAGUUCUUUUUUUCUUUUUUAGCCAUGACAUGGUUAGUUGAUUUUUUGAUCUAAAAGUUUGAAUGCCCCUCUGAUAUCUUUUGCCCUUCUUUUUCUUCCUAAGGACAACUUUAUUGAUGAUAGAAAAGGAAGAUAAAACUUUAGUCCCAAAUCAAUUACAAUCUUUCAAUAAGAUCAGGUGUUGAAAUUCAUCAUCGUUAUCAUUCUAUGCAUUACAGUCAGUGUUGUUGUCUGAAACUGGGGUAUCUUGGGUAUCUUGGUCAUCAAAAUGUUCAUCUGAACAAGUUCACUGGCAGUAUUGGUUUUAUUCGACCUUGAAAUGGACACAUAUCAUUUUGAUUGGCUCUUGAUCAGGAUACGGACCAUAGGAUACAAAAUGCACAUAUCAAAUCAUAAUUGAGAUGGACCACAAUGUAAGAAGGUUUUGAUUUAAUUACAUCUUAUGACCAUUGUAAAUAUAAUAUUAAUUUAUAAUAUUGUGUACUAUUAGCUGUAUGAUUUUAGUUAAUUGAGUACUCUUCACUUCUUUUUUCUGUAAAUUUUUUCAAAAAACAUUUCUUGUUUUUAUGGACAAUAUUUAAAUGUGAGCUUCAUUGUAUUUUUGUUUUUGAAUCCAUUUUGAUAUUUACAAGACUUCAUGAGCCUUUUGUUGGUCAAUAGGUAAAACAUGGGUGAAAAGCUGAUAAAAACAAGACUAAUUGUUGGAUGACUCAGGCAAUAUGUCAAAAUAGCUAUUGUGAGAUGAGGUACUUUUGUGGGAAAAUUUAAUGAUUAUAAGUUUUUUGUGGAUUUUUUGUUGUUGAUUUUUUUAAUGGUGAUGUGAACAUGAACUUACCUUGUGUUGUUAUUAUUAUUUGUUAUGUAUUUUGUUAAUAGCAUUUUUAAUGUGUACCUCUAUGAAUGUGCUGCUGUUAUAUGAU